AUGCUAAACGAUUCAGCUUAUCGGAUAUCAGAUUUAGAUUUAAAACUCGGCCUCUUUCUCCCUUCUCCCAGCCGCACAACGAAAUUGACCGAAAUCCAAAACCCUAAUCUCAAAUCUAAUGAAAUCUACAAAAUCUUUCUUCAUAUUCAACGAAAUUGUCUAAACCACAAUUAUGGGUUUAUUAAAAUAGCUCUAAAUCCAACGAAAUCGUCCUUCGAUAAUACCGUCAAGCUCUCUUCUGCGUUUGAGAAGAGGCAUAAAGCAAGUCACAUGGGAAGGGUUCUUGCAUGUUUUACAAUAUGGAAGCGUGAGAGUUCAAGGAACCAGCAAGGCAGUGAUUAUGUGGUGAUGCAAGGCAGGGAUUUAUGUGGUGAUGAAGCGUAG